AUGCACUACCACCUGCCUGACGACCCCAUCCCCACUAUACCCACUAUUCGCGUCGAUGUUCUGUCCUUCUUCCAUAAAAUUCGCGGGAUCUACACCAAACACGCAGACGACAAACAAUUGGCGCAUGCUAUCCUGCUUGAGCAUCUCAAAAAGUAUGGCAACCCCUUGCACAUGCGCAUAGCGUUCUAUGUCGACGGCGUCCCUGCUUUCGAGAAGAAAGAGACUCACCGCAAGCGGAACGAGAAGCAAGUCAAGGGCCUCAAGAACGCCAAGAUCGCAAUCGAGACGCUCAGCAACCGUGUCAGUCAAGGCAAGCCGCUUACCAAGCAAAUGUUCAAGAAUGUCGAAAACAGCCUCCGCGGAGGAUUCAAGUGGUCCCUUCAUGAUCGGGAGGACUUCAUUCAGUUCUUGCUUGGUCGAGAGCUUGACGCGCAUCUGUGCUGGACCGAAGCCGACAUCGCCAUCGCUGCUGACUGUCAACCCGAAGACAUUGUUCUGUCUCAAGACUCGGACUCCUUCGCUUACGAUUCGGUCUCGACAAUCUGGUGUCCUGUGGGCAAGUGGGACGAGGUCAAGGUCCUCGAAUAUAAGAGAGCGGCGGUGCUGGCCCAGAUAGGACUCUCGACCACCAAACUCACUGCCCUAGCAUGCGUCUCGCACGUGCCGUCCCUGGCAGAGGAGUAUCUCGAGAGCCCACGCGUGAUUUGCGGCAGUCAGGAAGGCAUCGACUCUAUUCUCGUGUUUAUUACAAUGACCCAGGAGAUUGCUGUUUCAGCGGACGUAUCCUCUGUUUUGUCGCCGUCCUCACAGUCAGCGACGCCUUUGACGGUCUCCCCUGCAUCUUCCCUUUCCUACGAGCUGCUUUGUCAGCAGUACAAGGUGGUCAAGGACCGGCAUGCCAGAGUCAAGGAACAGAAGCGCCAAGAGAACUUGAGCAUCAAGAGCAACGCCAAACCCGAUCGGCAGGGCAAGCACAAGGAAUCUAGGAGGUACCGUGUGAUCGACCGGCUAGCUCACCAGCCUGGAGUCUCAAGACAGGUGCAUCGGCCACGGUACUCGUACAAGGCACGGCCAGAACCGCAGCAGCACGAGCAACCAUCCAUCUGCAAGCAAUACCAGUGGAAGCCGUACACGGCGAAGCAGGAGGCACGAUACCGGGAGUCAGUAGCCGAGUCCAAGGGGAAGGAGGCAAAGAAGAAGCGACAACGAGAGGCUCGGCGACUCCAGAAGGAAAAGGAGCUAGCCAAGAAGCCAUCAUUCAAGAUCGACAAGAUGAACAAGAUGCAGCUGAUCAAUGCCAUGGUGUUUCUAGAUAAAAGUUACAUGUCGCGACUAGACGUCCCGCACUGUACCACCAACAACAGUCAGCUCCCCUCGUCUGAGCAGCAACAGCAACAUCAGCAGCAACGGGUCGCUGCUUGUAUCCUUGAGGUUGUUGAGCAAGUUCGUGUGACGAAGAGACACGCACAGGAGUUUCUGGGCGCGUUCAUCGAGACCGUUGGUCUGACUGGGGAGGACCGAACCAUCCUAUCAUUUUUAUGUCCCGCCGUCGAAUCCAAGAUCCGUGUGGCGCUCCAACCUAACAAGGACUCUCAGGCGACCAGCAGCAGUAUCGCCAGCACUUCCACUGAGACACACAUCUACUCCUGCAAGAUCAAGUCCAAGACGGUUAUCGAGCGGCAAGUCGGCCAGCUACUUGCACGUGCUACAGCCCUGGGCAUUACAUUGCCCCCUGUUCCUCCCCGCUCCGUCUCCUACCCAACCAACGAGUUGCUCGAGUCGACCACCAAACAGUUUUAUCGCUCAGUGAAAAUGAUGUAUCGAAACGGCUCGGUCGCCCUUGAGAAGAAGAUCAACUCACAAGCGGAUGCCCAACCUGACGCGGUGCUUCUAAAGAUCGACCCCGAGCUUCCUGCCAUUGAGAACUAUCUACUUCUCAAUAAGGCCAGUGGCGGAUCGAGACGUAUUGCGCCUCUCUCACUCCUGGCGGCUCGCUAUGUUGGCUUCUCUGAGCGGCAUUUGCUCCCGCUGUUCUGGCACUGGCCGACCCUCAAGGACAAGAUCCGGCGUAUGAUGGUCGAGGAUCGUUAUUUUCAGGAUCCAGCCAUAGUUCCCGCGCAGGCUGACGCUCUAAACUGGCUGACCAAGACAACGCCUGGCCGCCUUGUCACCACUUUCUUGACGGAUGUAGGUCUCCCGCCUGACAAGCACGACAAAGGCUACCGCAAGGUGACAGCAAUUAUGGACUUGGACGGCAAGAACGGCAAGGGAGGGCUUCGAGAACACCUCGGAUGUUUGUGGGCCGAGACGUUCGACCCAAGGAGUGGCACGGCAGGGGUGCUGGCGUUUAAACUGAAGGAGCUGCAGUCUGUUCGGUACCGCCGUGUUCCCGAGAACAAGUUGCCCAAUCCUUUCGUCACCACCAUUGGCGGCACCAACAGGUACCUGACUGAGGCCCGCAAUGUCUUCUCCACAUCUGCAGCUGUGGAGAGCUUGUUGGCUGCAGAUCCAAGUCAGGUUGGGGUGUUGCCGCUCGAUUUGGGUACCUCCUGUCUCGUUGGUGCCACCGUCUCGCUCCCACCUGGCCAGACUCCUGCCAUAUUGAAGCGACCCCUCGGCGAGGAGGGCGACCAGAAGAAGAAGAAGACAAGGCGUGCCAAGCGGAAGCCCAGUGAUCGGAAGGACCAGAGGAAGAGGCAGAAGGCGCGCAAGCUGACCAAGCAGACUCAGACGACUCAGUACUUUGAUAUGGUGGUCAAGCGCAAGGCCGUGUCGCGGCCAACGGACAGCUUUGCCAAUUGGCUCGAGGAACGAAAAGAGAAUUCCAUUGGAGCAUCCACCGGCAGGACCAUCCAGGAUAUCGAGACUGACCUGCCACUGCUCAAGGGAGAAGGCGCCUCCUUUCGCAAGUACGUUGCAGCGCGUCGAGCAUCAGAAGAAGAUUUAAACAACUUUUACAAUAACACCAACUUCUGGAAGCAUGGGUGGGACGCUGAAGUUUGUCGAAAGGAGGAGUUCUACAAGGUUACCAACGGCUUGCUAAAUAUGAUUGGAGGAUCUGUCGGAAGGCCGAGGUUGCCGCAUCAACAUGUCGCGAUCGCGAUCGGUCUGGCCAAGUUUACUGCUGUGCAGGGCCCUCCAGCACUCAAUAGCACGUUCGAGGCGUUUUUCGUCAAUCUGGCACGGUCAUUGGACUACCUAGUGCUUGGGAUCAAUGAGCACUACUCGUCUAAGAAAUGCCCAGUCUGCCAUGGCUUUGUCUGCGCGACAUCGAACUGGCGCACCCUUUAUUGCAAGACGCGUAAGUGCUUCCGACAGCGGUACGUGAUGGCGUCCGCGAACAUGAACAAUGCUAUCAAGGCCCACCUGAUCCACCAGCAGCGGCCGCUGUACCUUCAACCUCAGCGUCAAGACGGAUCAUACCCAUGGAUGAAUGUCGCUGCUGAUAGCGGUAGUGGUGGUAGUGGAGGAGAAGCAGGCGGACUAUCAGCUGAUGCCAUUGACAGCAUUGGAGUUGGAGCAGGCGGCAGUGGUGGCGGAGGAGCAGCAGCAGCCAGCCCGUCGAUAGCAGCAGCGACCAAUUCAGGUGGCCUAACCAGCAAGAGACGCGCCGCUUCGAUCGUCUCGGUUGAGGUCUCCAACACCGACGUCAAUCCCACGGCUGAUGCAUCAAGUUCUUCAUCCGACCGCACAAUGAAGAAGGCAAGGAAGGAAGGAACACAGGAGUUUCACCAAGUAGCAAAAUAG